GCAGCUGGCGGGCGCACUCCGGCCGAGCCAUGCCGGCCGCGCGCGUGGAGUACGUCGCGCCCUGGUGGGUGGCUUGGCUGCACAGCGUCCCCCACCUGAGCCUGCGCCUGCAGCCGGUGGACAGCACAUUCGACCCCCGCGAUGAGAAUUACCGGGAGUCACUGAUGUUCCUGGGGCUGCUGGCCGCCGUCUGCCUGGGCCUGAACCUCAUCUUCCUCACGGCGUAUGUGGUCUGCGCAUGCUGCUGCAGGCGGGACCAGGUCGUCCAGACCAAGCGGCGCCACUCCUGCUGCGUCACCUGGACGGCGGUGGCGGCCGGCCUCGUCUGCUGUGCUGCGGUGGGCGUUGGUUUCUAUGGAAACAGCGAGACCAAUGAUGGGGUAUACCAGCUGAUCUACGCCUUGGACAACGCGAACCACACCUUCUCGGGGAUAGAUGUGCUGGUAUCCGGAACCACCCAGAAGAUGAAGGUGGACCUAGAGCAGCACCUAGCUCGGCUCAGUGAGAUCCUGGCUGCCCGGGGCGAUUAUAUCCAGACGCUGAAGUUCAUGCAGCAGAUGGCCGGCAAUGUCAUUGUCCAGCUGUCUGGGCUGCCCGCGUGGAGAGAGGUCACCACGGUGCUGACCGAGGUGUCCGACCAGACCGGCUAUGUGGAGUACUACAGAUGGCUGUCCUACCUCCUGCUGUUUAUCCUGGACCUGCUCAUCUGCCUCGUCGCCUGCCUGAGCCUGGCCAGGCGCUCCAGGGCUCUCUUGGCCUCGAUGCUGUGCUGCGGCGUGCUGGCUCUCUUCCUCAGCUGGACGUCCCUGGCGGCCGACACGGCGGCCGCGGUGAGCACCAGUGACUUCUGCUCAGCUCCCGACACCUUCAUCCUGAACAUCACAGAGGGCCACAUCCGCACCGAGGUGACCCGUUACUACCUCUAUUGCGGUCAGAGCGUAAGCAGCCCCUUCCAGCAGGCCCUGACCGUCUUCCAGCGCUCGCUCACCACCAUGCAGAUCCAGGUGGCCGGUCUGCUGCAGUUUGCCGUCCCCCGGUUCCCCACGGCAGAGAAAGACCUACUCGGAAUCCAGCUCCUGUUGAACUCAUCGGAGUCCGGCCUUCACCAGCUGACAGCCAUGCUGGAUUGCCGGGGGCUGCACAAGGACUACCUGGACGCCCUUGCUGGCAUCUGCUAUGACGGCAUCGAGGGCUUGCUCUACCUCGGCCUCUUCUCCCUCCUGGCCGCCCUGGCCUUCUCUAUCAUGAUCUGCGCGGGGCCGCGGGCCUGGAAGCACUUCACCGCCAGGGACAGAGACUAUGAUGACAUCGACGGUGACGACCCUUUCAACCCCCAGGCCCGACGCAUCGCCGCUCACAACCCCCCUCGGGGGCAGCUUCGAAGCUUUUGCAGCUACAGCAGCGGCCUGGGCAGCCAGACCAGCCUGCAGCCCCCGGCGCAGACCAUUUCCAACGCCCCGGUCUCCGAGUACAUGAACCAGGCUAUGCUCUUCGGCGGUAACCCGCGCUACGAGAACGUUCCGCUUAUCGGAAGAGGCUCCCCUCCUCCCAUGUAUUCUCCCAGCAUGAGGGCCACGUACCUGUCUGUGGCGGACGAGCACCUGCGGCACUACGGGAAUGAGUUUCCGGCCUAACGCACGUUCUGCAGAGGUUCCUGCCUCCUUGAUCCGUUUUGGUUUUUAAUUAAUGCCAACGCAAGCAUUUCUUCGAUAGAAACCAAAGGCAUCUGGAGACUGGACGCAGGACCAUGGGAUUGGCAGGCUCCUGAGGCUGUAAAGGAGCAGCAGUGAUUCGAGGAGGGUCAGCCCCGGGCUUGGCUGCGAUGCCUGACCAAAGGCCCAGGCGGACAGAAGACCUGUGACUCAGACCAGCCCCUCCCUCCUCUGGCCUCCUGUCCACACCGGAAAUGCCUGCAGGUGCUUGGCCGUGCCAAAGCCGGGAGCCUGGUCCUGCUCGCCCCCAUAUCCUACCCUCUCCAGGUGGGGAGUGGCUGUAAGGAGGGUCGGGUGUCACCACCUGAGCGCUGUGUUCUCCCAGGUCUCCUUGCCAAGACUCCUGCUAACACGGCCAGAAGUCCUGGCAACCACCAUCUCUGAGUCCCUCUGUCCUCUCGGCUGCACAGCUGAUGGGCAGCAUUUUCCUGCAGGUAAAAGUGGAGGAGCUCAUCAGGAGAUGCCUUUGCAGGCAGUGAUGUCCCUGAUGAGACAAGACACUGCCCAAAUCAGUCCCCCGGAGCCACCAGACGGACUCUCCCUGGACUCCCAACACUGCAGGUGUUGGAGAGGCUGCGUGGUGGAUGCUUCCAGGGCUGGGGGACCACAACUUCAUCCCUGGUCGGCUUCCGCGGUGAGAGCCGGUGGGAGUGUGGGUGACCGCAGCCACGCUCUGCCUGUCCUUUGCCACCCUCCCUUGCCUCUUCCUUCCAGAAGCGAUUCUGUGAGUUUGUUCACUGCAGAUAGGGACAGUCUCAGGUAUUAACAGACACUUUGAAAGCGAUGUUAACUCCCCCACACGCCCUGUGUUUUAAAUAUUUUGGUUAUCCAAAGAAUUGAAGCUCAUAGCACAUCCAUUUUUUACAAUAGACUUGGGACUCAUUCCUUACCCCGGCUGCAGACUUUUUCUGGCAUCGGCUAGUUCUUUAAGCAUCUGGAGGGAGGGAGGGGGGGGGGGGGUUAAACAAAGUACAGAUCAGUGAGAUGUGCUGUCCCACGCCGCUGCUUGAUGGGAAUGUAAGUUCAUCCCACUCGGGGAGGAGGCCCUUUAAGACAGGAAGGAAGUGAAGGCGGACAGCUGAACAGAGUCCCCUGUUUCGGGGAGAGCCCAGGUGAACUUGCCCCUCCCUUUUGUCUUCGAGCAAGUUCAUGGGAAAAGGUUUUAGCAAAAUGAGACGAUUGUGUACUGACCUGAGACAGGCCUCUUCUCCAGUCCCCCCAACCUUGUCCCAUCCCGUCGUCCUGGGCCCCUGAGCUGUCGCUGCUCUGUGAGAGAGAGCUUGUUGGCCAGGAGGAAAUGAUGACCCACCAUCCUGCUGCCGAGGAUCCAGGGUUAGGGUCUCUGGUGCUUCCGAUCUCCUGUCAACUCAGCGCAAAACCCUGAAGCCCCCACAGCCUUGCCCGCCCAAAGCCAGGGGCGUGGCGAGGCCUGGCUUGGAACAGGGGCUCCGUUUCCAUUUUGGGAGAGCCACCUUCGCAGCCAGACACGCACCGCAGAGUGGUUCUCGGCGCCCAGCCCAAGCCUCUAGGACAGAACAGAGCCACAGGGCAGCCAGGACUGUCUUCUUGCCCGCGUUAACCAAUACGUACCGUGUACCAUAAACGUAUCUGUGUAUGGCCACAUCGCGUGCAGAUAGGAACUCGGUGACGUCAAGAUGUUGCUUCUUAACAUUUUGUGGUUGGCGACUGUAGAGUUGUUUUUGAUGUAUGUAAACUAAACUAGAAUCCUUCGGGUGGUUCCUGAAGGAGCCGGGUGGGCACACCUCUGCCUGACACACGUGCGCCCUCACCUGGGGAGAAAUAAACCACUUGUACUAAAGUG